AUGUCUGGACGUAAAGAAUGGCCUGAAUUAGUUGGACGAACAUUUGAAGAAGCACGUCAAAAAAUUUCAGAAUUUGAUAGUAAUUUAACUCCGUAUAAUGCAAGGAAUGGAGUUCAAAAUCGAAUGUACGAUCCGACUCGUGUCGUAUGUAUCACAAAUGACGACGAUAUUGUAACAGAAAUUCCAUCUUAUGAUUAUCAAUAA